AUGAAGAAGAACGUGUCUAUCUUAGCUCAGAUACAGUUAUGUAAUGAAACACGAUUGAUUGUCACCCAGCUUGCUGAUUGGGUUAUUGAGGCAAAGAUUAUAAUUGGGACAAAUAUUGGCUCUAAAGUCUUUAUUCCAAGAAUUAUUUUGUCCCCUACAGCAUUGAAAUGGCCACUCAUUCUGAAGCAAAGACAAUUCCCAAUUUCUGUUUCAUUUGCAAUGACAAUAAACAAAAGCCAAGGCCAAUCUUUGAAUAGAGUAGGCCUGUUUUUACCACAGCCUGUUUUCACUCAUGGCCAGUUAUAUGUUGCAAUAUCUAGAGUCACUAAUAGAAAUGGUCUUAAAAUCUUGAUACUAUCCGGUAUAACAAUGUCCAAAGGAUAUAGCUUUCUAGAUCAAAUAUCUGAUGCUAAGGAGACAUGA